GACAGAAGAAGAUGUGAUUUUUUUUUUAAUGGAGCCAUUUAUUUCACAAUUUAUUUUAAGGAUUAUUCAAGAUGGACACCAGCCUUUUUUUCUCACUCAAAUUACGUCCAGUUUUUGGAGAUGUUACGUUUUGAACAUUUUAAACUGUCAGAUCCUCAGAGAUGCUGAAAUGCUCCUUUUGCUUUUUCUCUCUGUUCUGGGGCUCCAUUUGGCAACAGAUCCUGACCACCAGAGCAGUGCCCUGCUCCUCAAACCUCACUGUGAUCUACAGUGAGACUGAGUCAGGCCUGGUCCAGAUCCAGUCUGAGUCCGGGUCCAGUCUCUGUAACUUCACCAUUUUCACCAGCCCAGAAGGUGGACCAGAGGAGAACCACAGCCGGGGGCAUAGUUGUGAGUUGUACCCAGACCUCUCUCACCUCCCUUUGGGCUCUAAAACCUCUGGGUUCUCUGGAGGAGCCUCUGGAGCCCUGUACCGCUGCCUCCUUGCUGGGCUGGAACCUGGAACGCUGUACAAUCUGGCAGUGGUGUCGGGGAAGGAUGGUGAGAGGAGCAGAGGACAGCUGCAGACUGUCCCGGUUGCAGUGUCAAACCUCAGACUCGACUCAAAUGGCAACUGUGACUCUUUGCGCGUGUCCUGGGAGCAUCCUGCAGGGGGAGUAGAGAGUUAUGAGCUCACACUGUCUGCACUGGGCACACACUCUCAGGUGAAGAAGCUCGUCCCCCCUAAUGAUGGCACCGAUGACAGGAUCACUCGGGCGCAGUUCAACGGUUUGGUCCCAGGACGAGUUUACAAGCUGAGAGUCCGAACGCGAGCGGGAGACCAGAGUAACGAGACCAGCACCACAGGACAGACAGUCCCAGAGCCGGUGUCCUCCCUGUCUCUCUCUCCUGUGGAUGGAGGUCUGCUGCUGCGCUGGACUCCUCCUGGUGGAGACUGGCAGCACUACAGCGUGUCUCUGUGGAAUGCUUCGUCUCUUUUGGUGAAUGAGACUGUGACGAAGCUCUCCACUCAGCACCUCUUCUCCACCUCCAAGAUCCGCCUACGACCAGGAAGAACCUACAGGGCAAAGGUCACAGUGCACAGCGGCAUUCUGGGAAACACACAAGAAUGCUUCGGACAAACAGUUCCUGCUCCGGUCCAGUCUCUCUCCAUUCGUCACAGCGGAGAAACGUCUCUGAGCGCCUCAUGGAGUCGUCCUGAUGGAGAGUGGGACCUCCUCACUGCUGUACUGUCACAGGGAGGUGUUGUAGUUUCAGAGAAGACCCUCCCUCCAGACACCUCCUCUGUCUUCUUCAGCUCUCUGACCCCAGGACAGGCCUACGUAGUUUCUGUGAUCACCACCAGGGGAAACCAGAGCCACUCUGUCAAUGUGUCUGCUAGAACAGCUCCAGCGCAGGUGUCCUCCCUCCUCCUGUCAAAUGAGGGCAGCACUGAGUCUCUGCUGGCCCAGUGGGAGGCACCUUUGGGGGGUGUGGACUGGUACCAGGUGCUUCUGGUGCAGGACAGCACCAUCAUCAAAAAUCAGACCGUCCCCUUUAACACCACGAAGCUCAGGUUCACCGGACUGAGGCCUGGAGCAGAGUACAGAGCUGUGCUGACGGCUGUGAGGGACGGGAGGGAGGGCAGGCAGAGCGUGGGGGAGGGGCGGACAGUCCCGGCUGCAGUGGGUGAGGUCACUGUCAGUAAUAAUGGCCGUAUGGACUUCCUGAGCGUGUCAUGGCGCCCUCCAGUGGGGGAGGUGGACAGUUACCUGGUGUUGCUCAAAGACCGGCAGAGGACUGUCCACACUCUGGUCCAAUCCAGGACCAGUCCUGAGUGUGUCUUUAAGUCUCUGGUCCCAGGACGUCUCUAUGACAUCUCCAUCAGCAGCAGGAGUGGAGCCUUCCACAACAGCACCAGUGUUCAGGGGCGCACACAGCCGGCUCCGGUGCAGUUGCUCACGGCGACCCAUGCUGCCCGGGACAUGUACUUGAAGGUGUACUGGAGCCACGCCCACGGAGACCGUGAUUCUUAUGAGGUGUCCAUCCAACAUAGCUCCCAGACUGUGCUUAAUAUGUCUGUGCCCCCAGAGCAGAGUGAGUGUGUGUUUGAGAGACUGGAGCCUGGAAGACUCUACACUGUCCUGGUGAACACGAGGAGUGGAGAGUACGAGACCAGCACCUCCACACAUGGACGCACACUCCCUGCUCCGGUGCGCUCCCUCUCCCUCUCCUCCUCCUCCUCAGACUCUCUCUCGGUGUCUUGGCUAUCUGCUCCAGGAGAGGUGGAUCACUAUGAGGUUCAGCUGGUGUAUAACGACAUAAAAGUGUUCCCUCCUCAGACUCUGGGGGGUGCCAUCGACCGUUGCACUCUCUCUUCACUAACACCAGGGCGGCGCUACAAGAUUGUGGUGUCCACAUUCAGUGGCCCCAACCAGAGAGCGGUGUACAUCGAAGCACGCACAGUCCCUGGGCAGGUGAGGAACGUCCAUGUGUCCAAUGGAGGAGACAGCAGCAGUCUUCGUGUCUCUUGGUCCUCGGCUCUGGGGGAUGUGGACAGUUACUGGGUCUAUCUCUUCAGAGAGUCAAGGCUCUUGGACUCUAGACCAGUGCCCAACCAGACCCAAGUCCAGUUUCAGUCCCUGCAGCCCGGUCAGAGCUACAGCCUGGUUGUACAAACUUUGAGCGGAGAGAGAGACAACAACUACACGGCCACAGGGAGGACAGUCCCCUCCCGUGUCUCUGGGCUCCGGGUGUAUCCACUUCAGUCAUGGCGUUGUCUGGAGGUGUCCUGGGAGCGGGCACUGGGUGUGGCUGAUGGGUACAGCCUCACCCUACAGGACGACAGGGGUAGUGCAGUGAUGAACGCCUCUGUCCCCAGCUCCCAAACGAACCACAGGUUUGAAGAUCUGAGUCCAGGAAAGAGCUACAGAGUCCUGGUUCAAACACGGAGCGGAGGAGAGAGGAGUGAAGCCACCAGUGCCCAAGGGAGGACAAGUCCAGCUUCAGUCUCAGACCUGGCCCUCCGCUCAUCCUCAUCCUCCAGCCUGUCCUUCUCCUGGUCACCUCCAGAGGGUGUGUUCGAGGGCUUUGAGAUGCUGUUGUAUAGAGAGGAUGACUCAGUGCAGGAGAGGCGCAACGGAGGCAGUGCGGUCUUCCUCGUCACCUUCUCUGGGCUGAGGCCUGGAGCUCUGUACAGACUGGUGCUAGUGACGCAGAGCGGAGAGAGGAGCAACAGGACUGCUAUCUGGGCUAGGACAGUCCCGGCUGUAGUGGGCACUCUCACAGCUCAUGGCUCAAACCUCACAGACUCUCUGGACCUGUCCUGGACUCGGCCUGAGGGAGACCUGACCGGGUUCAGUCUGGUUCUGCAGGAGCCAAACGGGACUGUGCGGUCUGAGCAGGAGACUGGACCAGACCAGACGCAAGUCACCUUCUCUCAGCUCACACCAGGCAGGAAGUACACAGCUGUGGUCACCAGCAAGAGUGGAGAGCUCCGGAACAGCGCCACCAUACAGGCCCGGACUGCUCCCCUGCCCCCCUCCUCUCUCCUCUUUGGGGGCAUCACAAACACGUCUUUGGAGCUGACCUGGACUGCACCCACUCAUUGUGACUAUGAUGACUUCGACCUGCAGUGGGCACCACAGGACCCUCUCUCUGUCAUUAAUCCUUACCACACCAGGACGUCUGGCAGCAGGAUCCUCCGGGGCAUGUACCCAGGGAGGCUGUACCAUUUCAGCCUGCGCACUGUUAGUGGGGCCCUGGACCGAGAGGGGCAGAGGACAUACAGCCAGAGCAUCAGCAGGAGCAUCAGGACUAAGCCAGGUCGUGUCCACUCUCUCCACUGUCGUCCUCAGAGCUCUACAUCCAUCUCCUGCUCGUGGGCACCCCCAGAGGCCGACUUUGACUCCUACACCAUUGAAUGCGUCCUGCGGGAGGCGCAAGUCCUGGUCUACUCCCGAAGGACUGAUCCAGAAUCUGGCUUCUACCUGAUCUCCGGUCUGGAGCCUCACAGACGCUAUACUGUCACUGUGAAGGUCAUCUCUGAUAGAAUGACCAGUGAACCAGCCAGAGACAGCGUGGUCACCAUGAUAGAUCGUCCUCCUGUCCCUCCAUUCUCCACUCGGGUCACUGACGUCUCUCAGGUCUCCACGACGUACAUUUCGUUUGGGUUUAACUGCAGCUGGUUCAGUGAUGAAAAUGGAGCCGUCAGGUUCUUCACUGUGGUGGUUUCAGAGUCUGAUGAUGUGUCCAGUGUGCAGCCAGAGCAGCGCCACCCUUUGGCCUCCUACAGGGAUUACAUCUCAAACAGCUCUGUGCGCUCCUACCAGACUGGCUACUUCCCCAGUGUAUGCUCCCAAGGUCUGAACCCAGGACUGGACCAAGGUCUAGACUUGGGUCUGGAUCCGGUUUUGGACCGGUCUGGAGGGGAGUUCAACAUUAGCCUGGGUACUGGGAUGGGACUGCUCGGAGGGCCCUGUUCAGAAAGUACAGAGAUCUACUGCGAUGGACCACUCAAAGCAAAGACUGCAUACAGGAUCAGUAUUCGCGCUUUCACUCAUCUGUCGGAGGAGGACUCAGGUGCUUCCUCUCUGUUCUCGGACACGUUCCUGUCUCUGCCUGUUCUCACUGAGGCUGAACCGUACAGUGGAGUGGUGGAGGGCAUUGGAGCCGCUCUGUUCCUGGUGGUCCUUCUGGUAGGAGUCACGGUUCUGCUUAUGUGUCGACUCAAAACCACUAAAGUGAUGGAGGAGACUCCGAUCGUCCGUAGAAACUCAAGGAGAGAGAGGCCCACAUCUGCGGUGCACCUCGGGGUCAGAGGACACAGACGGAUCUCCAGUCCGAUAAAGAUCAUGAACUUCGAGGCUCACCUGGUGAAGCUCCAGGCUGACUCCCACUACAUGCUGUCUGAGGAAUAUGAGGACCUGAAGGAUGUGGGGAGGAAUCAGCCUCUGGACACUGCUCUGCUGCCAGAGAACAGAGGGAAGAAUCGUUACAAUAACAUCCUGCCCUACGACUCGACACGUGUGAAACUGUCGCAGACAGAUGAUGACCCGAGCUCCGACUACAUCAACGCCAGCUACAUCCCAGGUUAUAACUUCCGUCGUGAGUACAUUGCGACUCAGGGGCCCCUGCCUGGGACCAAAGAUGACUUCUGGAGGAUGGUCUGGGAGCAGAAUGUGCACAACAUCGUCAUGGUGACGCAGUGUGUGGAGAAGGGGCGGGUGAAGUGCGACCUCUACUGGCCGCGGGACCAGGAACCUCUGUACUAUGGAGACCUAAUUGUCCAGAUGUGUUCAGAGUCUGUGCUGCCUGAGUGGACCAUCCGAGAGUUUAGGAUCAGCAGCGAGGACCAGCUUGGAUCUUCUCGAGUCUUGAGACAGUUCCAUUACACUGUGUGGCCAGAUCAUGGAGUCCCAGAGACCACCCAGAGCCUGGUUCAAUUUGUCCGGACUGUCAGGGACUAUGUGAACCGUAGCCCAGGGUCUGGACCCACUGUGGUGCACUGCAGUGCUGGAGUGGGUCGCACUGGGACCUUCAUCGUUCUGGACAGAAUUUUGCAGCAGCUCGACACCACAGACUGUGUGGACAUCUACGGCUGUGUGUUUGACCUGAGACUACACAGAGGGUACAUGGUCCAGACUGAGGUCCAGUACUCGUACCUACACCAGUGUGUUAGAGACGUUCUCCGAGCGCGAAAACUCAGAGAGCAAGAGAAUGUUCUGUGUCCUAUCUACGAGAACGUGCACUACAGCCAACACAGAGAUGCGCUUUGUACUAGACGCUAAAGACUUGCUGCUGCCACCGCAUGGAAACAUAUGGGAUCUUUUUACAUUUCAUUUUUAUCUAAAUACAAAUUAUAUUAUAAUAUUUAUGUUACAAAUAUUUUUACAGAAUUGUACAAAUGGUCAAAGUAUAUACGUAUUUUGUAAAUAAUUUGCCCUAUAAAUAUAUAUUUAUGUAAUUGUAUUUAUAUUAUAAUUUUGUAUGUUGCACAAAUACAGUAUUGAUACAAAACUG